UCGCCCUUCACUCCAUUUUUAUUUUUAUUUUAGGUAACUAUUUAGCUAAUCUAGUGAUAUUCGAAUUAUGAAGAUAUAUAUUGAGGCAUUGAAUAUUUUCGGAUUCGAUGUUUGAUUGUAUAGCUUUGCUCAAUUUAAUCUGAAAGUUUGCUCCUUUUUUUCCUAUCAAAUUCUGAAUUGAGCGCUGUUGCUUUUGUGGUGGCGAGUUCGCAUUGUGGUUCAGUUUUUAUGGUUUUGAGUUUGUACUUAGAAACACAAAAGGAAUGAGGAUAGUUUUAGUAGCGCAUAUGCUGGGAGAAAUGCAUUGAAUCUUCUGAAACCUAAGUAUAUAUGUGAUAUAUGAGUUUUUGUACUUAUCCUCUUCAUCUGCUUGUUUGUUAUUUUUUUAAAAGAAAAACAAUGGCUUUUCCAGAUAUAAUGCAUAUUUAGGUGUAUCACAAAACUGAAUGAAAUAGUUGGUUUUAGGAGAAUCGGUAGCUGUUUUGAUUUUCUGAAUAUGUUCUUAGAGUUUCAGAUGAUAAUUUGCAAAAGGUAUUAAACUUAUCAUCUGUUAUACAUUUGAAUUCCAAUAUCCACAUAUCCAUCAUAUAUCCAAUUAAAGAUCAAUUCCCUCUCUCCCCCUCUCCAAAAACUCUGAUGUAAUAUGGCUUCCACUUUGUUCUCUGCACCAACAUUCGGAGGUCUUAGACCCCUCAACAAACCAACUGAUACUUGUCUUUUCCUCAACAAAAAGAUCAAUUCCUACAAACCCAUGAAGAAAAGAUGCAAUCUUGGUGUUAAAGCCGAGCUCAACACAUCACUUGUGAUUAGGUUGAGCACAGGACUGUCACUUUUCUUGGGAAGAUUUGUUUUCUUUAAUUUCCAAAGAGAGAAUGUGGCCAAACAGGGAUUGGUAGAGCAAAAUGGAGUUAGCCAUUUUGAACCUAGUGAUUCUAGAGCCAAAGAAUAUGUUAGUCUGCUUAAAUAUAAUUACCCUGUUGGAUUCAACAUAGUUGAUGUUCUUGCUUGGGGCUCUAUUGGCCAUAUUAUUGCUUAUUAUGUUCUUGCCACUUCUAGUAAUGGUAUGAUCCUAAGUUCUUUGGUUGAAAGAGAAAAGAAUCUUCUUGUUGAUUUGUACUCUUCCAUUGACAUGGCCUUGUUUGUAAUGCAGUAG